AUGACGACAGCUGGUAGGCCUACGUGGAACACUGCAAAGGGUGGGAAAGGUAAAUGGGAGGGCGACUUGAGCGCUCUCUCAAAACAGUAUUCGGUUCGUGACCUUCCUUCGCAUACAAAGCUGAAGUAUCGCCAAGAAGGGCAGGGAAGACCGGAGGAUCUUCAGGGAAAGGAUUUUAAGAAGGAUCUUGAGGAAAAGGAAAGACAAGCUGCCACUGAAAAAUCGAAAAAAGGUCAAAAUCAUGCGCUCAUGCCCCAUUCUGGCGAAAAACGGCCGGCGAUUUCGGAUCAGGACCGCAACAUUGGCUCAUCAAAACGACCACGGCAACCAGCUCAAACAGCUAACGCUACUUCUGUCCCAACCGCAAAUCUAGAUGCUGACGACCCAUGGGAAGAGGAUUAUACUGAAGAGGAUCUCAAGGCACCGAUUAAUAACCCUAGUCCAACUUCUGGUGAGGACGAUGAUGAGAGCGACGAAGAGGAUGAGGAGGCUCUUCUCGCUGAAUUGGCGAAAAUAAAACGGGAACGCGCAGAAGAAGCUGUGCAAGCGGCAGCCGAAAAGAAGGCUGCGGAGGAGACCAUCCGGAUGGAAAACAUUCUCAAGGGCAACCCUUUGCUUAAUAAUAACAAUUCAUCGGAGUUCAAAGUUAAGCGUCGCUGGGAUGAUGAUGUCGUCUUCAAGAAUUGUGCUCGUGGCGAGGUCGAUCAUUCAAAACGUGGAUUUAUUAACGAUACUUUGCGGUCCGAAUUCCACAAAAAAUUCAUGCGGAAGUACAUCCAGUAG